CCGGUUUCCUCCUCUUCUUUGUCUUCGACAAUAUCUUUUAAGUGCAGACCCACAAAAAUUCUUAAGAAAACCCUCUUGAAAGUGCACCAUUUUACUUUGAAGGUUUACUUCGACUGCUACCAAAUUUGAUGUAUGUUUAGGAAAACGGCGUUCCACGUUACUUUCGACUUCCUGUUUCCCGGCGCCGUUCCCUUCCUGCUCGUCACGGUUCCCUAUUUCGUCCUGGACUCCUCGAAUGGCGACGACGGCUUUCAGCUCGGGCAGCGCCGGAUGAGCCGCGAGGUAGGCGGCGGAGCUGCGGGAAGUGACAGCCCGCAGGAAGCUGGCCGCUUCGGUGGCGUGAGGAAAGCAGGUCGCGGGCUGGCGGGAGCAUGGACGGUUGUCCACUUGGAGAAAAACAAGGGAUCUGGAGAUGGCACUCGGGCUCGACGCACUCCCUGUCACAUGACCCGUCCCGAAACUUGUCUUUGCACUUUCUGCUGGCGGGACACUGACCCCAGGGGUCGCUGGACGCCACUGCGGGCACACAAAAAUUCGACAUAUGAUAUGUCGAGAGCGAGCACCUUUUUCUUCCCGUUGCUGUUUACGUGUGUGGACGUGUGCAUCCUGAGGGGCUUGCGUUCCCUGCAGCUCUCGCCACACUUCUCCAUUCCAUGCCCGCCGCUCACCGCCAUGUGGACGGGAGAGCUGAUCCGGGCUGUCCUCCUCCUCCUCCUCCUCUUGUUGCUCCCGCCCAGAGGUCCCUCGUGGGCCGGGGGGUUCGGAAGUCUCCAGAGCGUCCUGGUCCUGUGCUUGCACCUCCCGGUUUACGUGACGCUUCUCCGCGCUCUGGGCUGGGGAGCGGAGGAGGAGAUGUGGGCGUGGCACUCCUGGGAAAGGGUUUUUCAGGGCUACCUGGUGAUGGUGGUGUCGUGGAUCUACUGGACUCAGUACGUCCAGUCUAUGGUGCUGUCUUUGUCUCACUUUGUGAUGUCUGCGUGGAGGCCGAGCUGCAAAGACCAGAAGCCUAAAAACGGCACCACCUCAUCUCUGAGGAGAUUGCUUGGAUUCAUGCGGCCUCACCUUGGCUACUUUGCGGUCGUGUUGCUUCUCGUGGGGCUCUCUUCCUUCUGUGAAAUGGCGGUCCCCCUGUACAUGGGUCAGAUUACAGACUGGAUCCAGAACCAGGAGAAGCCUGACGUUUUCACAGAGGCCAUCACAAUGAUUGCAGUCAUGACACUUGUCAGUGGGGUGUUGGAGUUCAUCGGGGACCUGAUGUACAACGCUACCAUGAGUCACAUUCACACGGCGGUGCAGGGAGAUGUGUUGCAGGCCAUACUCAACCAGGAGAUCGCUUUCUUUGACGCCACCCCCACAGGUGAGCUGGUGUCUCGCAUCACCACGGAUACCAACACCAUGAGCGAGGCGCUGAGCGAGAAGCUGAGCCUCCUCAUGUGGUACACGGGCCGCGUGGUCUUCCUCUUCUACUUCAUGGUCAAGCAGUCCUGGAAAAUGUCCCUGCUCACGUCCUUGGGGUUGCCCGUCAUUUGGGUUGUGCCGAAGUUAACCGCACACUUCCACCAGGCAUUAUCAGUGAAGGUUCAAGAGUCUUUGGCAAAGGCCAACCAGGUGGCCACAGAAACCUUCUCCUGCAUCAAGACUGUGAAGAGUUUUGCCAAUGAGGACGGCGAGACGGAACGCUACACGCGGUGCAUGGAGGAAUUGUACGCCCUGAACAAGAUGGAAUCGGUGAUGUACGCCGCCACCACUUCGGCCAACAGCCUGACCACUCUGGUCAUGAAGGUGUGCAUUCUGUACUACGGAGGCGUGAUGGUGACCCGGGGGGCGAUCAGCAGCGGGGAGCUCGUCGCCUUUGUUCUCUACGAGCUUCAAUUUGCUUCUGUUGUGGAUGCCUUAAUGCAAUCCUACCCGGAGGUGAAGAAGGCCAUCGGUGGCUCUGAGAAGAUCUUUGAAUAUCUGGACCGAAAACCUCAGGUACCCCCUGAAGGAACCUUGGCCCCAGAACACCUGAUGGGACACGUUCAGUUCAAAAACGUCACGUUUUCCUACUCCGGCAACAACGACCCCGACAGCGUUAUACUCAAGGGCGUGUCCCUGGAGAUAAAACCGGGGAAGAUCACUGCACUGGUGGGGCUCAACAGAGCUGGGAAGUCCACCUGCGUCAGGCUACUGGAAAGGUUUUAUCAGCCCCGAGGUGGACAAAUCCUCCUGGAUGGGAAGCCCCUGGACAGUUACAAAGAUGCUUAUCUUCGGCAGAAGAUCUCGGUGGUAAGCCAGGACUGUGCGCUGUUUGCCCGAUCUGUGCGGGAGAACAUCAAGUACGGCUGCUCGGACGCCAGCGACGAGGACAUGCACGAGGCCGCCCGGUUGGCCAGCGCCCACGACUUCAUCACGGGACUCUCCAAGGACUACGACACAGAUGCCGGUGAGAAAGGGGGACAGCUCUCUGGUGGCCAGAAGCAACGCAUCGCCAUCGCCCGAGCUUUAAUCAGGCGACCCACCGUCUUGGUCCUCGACAACGCAACCAGCGACUUGGACACUGAAAAUGAACAUCAGGUCUUCCAAGCUUUACUGAGCCAGGACCUCAACAGUUUCUCCGUGCUCCUGAUCUCCAACAAGAUGAGCGUUGUGGAGAAGGCCGACCACAUCGUCGUCCUCCACCAGGGUGCGGUCGUGGCGGAGGGCCGCCACCACCAGCUGUUGGAAAGGAGCGAGCUUUAUGCCCGACUGGUGAAAAAGGGGGCAUAAUGCAGAUGCUGCAAGUGGAGCGCAGACCUUUUUAAACUAUAUACUGUAAAUUGUAUUUUAAUUCCAUCCAUAUAUGUUGACGCUGCAUCAUCAGCCUAUUUACCAUUUUAUUAUUGAGUAUGCAUUGUUUGGAUGGAUAAGCUUCCAACUCCGCCAUCUUGUGUGUCAUAGAGGUCAGAGAACACGGGUGAGAGGUUGAAGUUUUUUUUUCUAUUGUAAAUUUAUUCUAUUGGUCUCAGGACUGUGGUGACUAUCCGUAAGUGUGUCUGUGAAUGGCCCCCUCUCUCUACUUGUUUUAUUCACUUUUACACAGAAAUUGUCUUUUUUAAACCCUAAACAUCUUUUUUGUGAUGUUUUUUUCUGUUAUCAAAUUCAUUGUCCUUUGGCGUGUGGGUCCACAUCCCUUUCGACUGAUCUCACCAGCCACUUUAAUGAAAACAAACGCUUAAUAAAUAAAUGCAUUUAUUUUA